GCCGGAGAGCAAGGGAGGGAGAGAGAAGCAGGCUGCAAGAGGAGACGGAGAGGGGGAGCAAGUGCUCCAGCUAGCAUGAGGACGGGCUUCUCUUUUCCGUGCUCAGUUAAUCUGGCUGUCAGUUGGCGGUAACGCUGCAGUUUAAGUGCUCUGAUUCCAAGGGAAACCGACAAACCUCGAAGAAGGAAGGAAGGAAGAAGGGAAGGAAGGAAGGAAGCAAGCAAGGAAGGAAGGGACUGCAGGAGGAAAAGAAGAGGCAGAACAGCAAGAGGAAUAAAGGGAAGGGGGGGGGAAACACCAAAUCUAUGAUUGGACCUGGGCUUCUUUUUCGCCAAUGCAAAAAGGAAUAUGCAGCACAUCUUUGCCUUCUUCUGCACCGGUUUCCUAGGCGCGGUAGUAGGUGCCAAUUUUCCCAACAAUAUCCAGAUCGGGGGAUUAUUUCCAAACCAACAGUCCCAGGAACAUGCUGCUUUUAGAUUUGCUUUGUCGCAACUCACAGAGCCCCCAAAGCUGCUUCCCCAGAUUGAUAUUGUGAACAUCAGUGACAGCUUUGAGAUGACCUAUAGAUUCUGUUCCCAGUUCUCCAAGGGAGUGUAUGCCAUCUUUGGGUUUUAUGAACGGAGGACUGUCAACAUGCUGACCUCCUUCUGUGGGGCCCUCCACGUCUGCUUCAUUACACCAAGCUUUCCUGUUGACACAUCCAAUCAAUUUGUUCUUCAGCUGCGCCCUGAGCUGCAGGAUGCCCUCAUCAACAUCAUUGACCAUUACAAGUGGCAGAAAUUUGUCUACAUUUAUGAUGCCGACCGGGGUUUGUCCGUCCUGCAGAAAGUCCUUGACACAGCUGCCGAGAAGAACUGGCAGGUGACCGCAGUGAACAUUUUGACAACCACAGAGGAGGGGUACCGGAUGCUCUUUCAGGACCUGGAGAAGAAAAAGGAGCGACUGGUGGUGGUGGACUGUGAAUCAGAACGCCUCAAUGCUAUCUUGGGCCAGAUUAUAAAGCUGGAGAAGAAUGGCAUCGGCUAUCACUACAUCCUUGCAAAUCUGGGCUUCAUGGACAUUGACCUGAACAAAUUCAAAGAGAGUGGAGCAAACGUGACAGGUUUCCAGCUGGUGAACUACACAGACACCAUCCCAGCCAGGAUCAUGCAGCAGUGGAAGAACAGUGAUGCUCGAGACCACACCCGGGUAGACUGGAAGAGACCUAAGUACACCUCUGCGCUCACCUACGAUGGGGUGAAGGUGAUGGCUGAGGCUUUCCAGAGCCUGCGGAGGCAGAGGAUCGACAUAUCUCGCCGGGGGAAUGCUGGGGACUGUCUGGCCAACCCAGCUGUGCCCUGGGGCCAGGGGAUCGACAUCCAGAGAGCUCUGCAGCAGGUGCGGUUUGAAGGCUUGACAGGAAAUGUGCAGUUUAAUGAGAAAGGACGUAGGACCAACUAUACCCUUCAUGUGAUUGAAAUGAAGCAUGAUGGCAUCAGAAAGAUUGGUUUCUGGAAUGAAGAUGAUAAGUUUGUCCCUGCAGCCACCGAUGCGCAAGCCGGAGGUGAUAACUCAAGUGUUCAGAAUAGAACAUACAUCGUCACUACAAUCCUAGAAGAUCCUUAUGUGAUGCUCAAGAAGAAUGCCAACCAGUUUGAGGGUAAUGACCGCUAUGAGGGCUACUGUGUGGAGCUGGCGGCAGAGAUUGCCAAGCAUGUGGGCUACUCCUACCGUCUGGAGAUCGUCAGUGAUGGAAAAUACGGAGCCCGAGACCCUGACACAAAGGCUUGGAACGGCAUGGUGGGAGAGCUGGUCUAUGGAAGAGCAGAUGUGGCCGUGGCCCCCUUAACUAUCACCUUGGUCCGAGAAGAAGUCAUAGACUUCUCCAAGCCAUUUAUGAGUUUAGGGAUCUCCAUCAUGAUUAAAAAACCGCAGAAGUCCAAACCAGGGGUCUUCUCCUUCCUCGAUCCAUUGGCCUAUGAGAUUUGGAUGUGCAUUGUUUUCGCCUACAUUGGAGUGAGUGUCGUCCUAUUCCUGGUCAGCCGCUUCAGCCCCUACGAAUGGCACAGUGAAGAGUUUGAGGAGGGACGGGACCAGACAACCAGCGACCAGUCCAAUGAGUUUGGGAUAUUCAACAGCUUAUGGUUCUCCCUGGGAGCCUUCAUGCAGCAAGGAUGUGACAUUUCUCCCAGGUCCCUGUCUGGCCGCAUUGUUGGUGGCGUCUGGUGGUUCUUCACCUUGAUCAUCAUCUCCUCAUAUACAGCCAACCUGGCUGCCUUCCUUACAGUGGAGAGAAUGGUGUCUCCCAUAGAGAGUGCAGAGGACCUAGCGAAGCAGACGGAAAUCGCUUAUGGGACACUGGAAGCAGGAUCCACUAAGGAGUUCUUCAGGAGGUCUAAAAUUGCCGUGUUUGAGAAGAUGUGGACAUACAUGAAGUCAGCAGAACCAUCAGUUUUUGUGCGGACCACGGAGGAGGGGAUGAUCCGAGUGAGGAAAUCCAAGGGCAAAUAUGCUUACCUCCUGGAGUCCACUAUGAAUGAGUACAUCGAGCAGCGGAAACCCUGCGACACCAUGAAGGUGGGAGGUAACUUGGAUUCCAAAGGCUAUGGCAUUGCGACACCCAAGGGGUCCGCACUGAGAAAUCCAGUAAACCUGGCAGUGUUAAAACUGAACGAGCAGGGGCUUUUGGACAAAUUGAAAAACAAAUGGUGGUACGACAAGGGCGAGUGCGGCAGCGGGGGAGGUGACUCCAAGGACAAGACGAGCGCCCUGAGCCUCAGCAAUGUGGCGGGCGUGUUCUACAUCCUGAUCGGAGGACUCGGACUAGCCAUGCUGGUUGCCUUAAUCGAGUUCUGCUACAAAUCCCGUAGUGAAUCCAAGCGGAUGAAGGGUUUCUGUUUGAUCCCACAGCAAUCCAUCAAUGAAGCCAUACGGACAUCGACCCUCCCUCGAAACAGUGGGGCAGGAGCCAGCGGUGGUGGCAGUGGAGAGAACGGCCGGGUGGUCACCCACGACUUCCCCAAGUCCAUGCAAUCGAUUCCCUGCAUGAGCCACAGUUCAGGGAUACCCUUAGGAGCUACGGGAUUGUAACUGGAGCAGACGGAGUUCCCUUGGGGAGCAGGCUCGGCCUCCCCCAGCCCCAUCCCAAACCCUUCAGUGCCAAAAACAACAACAAAAUGAAACACAACCACCACCAACCACAACCACAAGGAGGACGAUUCAACAGAUUUUCCUGAAGAAUUAACCAUUUUGCUGCCCCUUUUCCUUUUUGUUUUUUUUUUUUUUGGAUGUUCUUUCACCCUUUUCCGUUUGCUAAGUGAGGAUGAUGAAUAACACUUUGUACUGCAAUAAGGGGAGAGUAACCCUGUCUAAUGGCAUCUGGGUUUCUGAAAAUGGAGUCAUUGGAACACUAAUGAGGAAACUACUGUUUUCUUUUAAUUUGGUUAAUGUGUCUUAGUGUGUGUAAUAUUUUUUUUUCUUACUAAUACCCAUGGUUUGCAGGUUCUGUUAGGGCCCUUCUUUCUUACUUCCAACUCCCUACUCAUCCCUCUUCAGUUUUCAGAUUUGAGAUGCAAGAGUUGUUCAACCUUUCAAGCAAGCAAAAGGAAAAAAGCAACCUUCAAAUUACUUUGCCUUGGGGGCUCUUCAAGUUACCCUCCACUACUUGGCCCCAAGCCAUGGAUGGAGACAGAUGUUGUUGGGAGAGUGGGCUGCCUUCCCCAGAUGGGGCACUACCUAAAGCACUGAUUUAGUUGAGAACAUUUACAAAAAGCAACAUAGAGGGAAGGUGGCACAGGGUGCAAGGGAGAUGUGCAGUCAGAGGAGGAUCGUGAAGUUAUAGCUGGAGGCUCUUAGCUUCCUUUCGUGUGUAAGAGCCAUUCCAUUUGCCACAGGUGGAAUGGUAUGCUUCUUCACAGAGUCAGCCCGAGCCCUGAGAAAUAGGUCCUUCUGCUAUGUGCAGGUCAAAAGGCACUCUGAUGGCUGGAGGGCAGUUGGCCUCCUGAACAAGUAGAGCCUUGGGAACAACUGACAGACCCAGUGCUCACUUUUGCUUGACACUGGAGCAGGCAACCCCACUGCGGAGUAGACUCUCUUUCUCUGCAGAGCCUCUGGCAUGGGGGGAAAUGCUGUGUAAGCUAAGUGCAAAAGAAAAUGAUGGAAGAAUUUUGGAAGAGGAAGCAUCAUCAGAGCCCACAAGCAAUAGAGCUUUCAAUGGUGUGUGUGCCCUGUCCUAAUUUGUAACUUGGGGUUUUGCUGACUGAGAGAACAGGGGUUUUUAUGUCAAUAUACAGUGUUGUUUUAGCGUGUGGCAAGAAAACAUUCCAUCAUCUUUAGAAAGCAAUAUUCCCAAGGCUAAAUUAUUGGAAGGAGGAUGGGGAGAUGGAUUAGGUCAAUAAUGACAUUGUGGGACCUUCAGAUCCCUGACCCCAACUUCUAGCCCAAGGAGGAUGACCUGGCUAGGACAGAGUGAGGACACUGUAUUCCAAAGACCAGAAUCAAUAUGCCCAAGAUUAUGUCUACAAAGCUGAUCAAAAGCAAGAUUGGAGAAGUGGGACAGGAUUAAUGGAGAGAAGCCCAGGCAGACUGCAACUUUGGUUGGCAGGGGUGGGGACCCUGGCACACAGCUUUCUUGGCAAUCCCAACUCUCAUUCUUGGCGCAAUUGGCUUCUGGCUCUCCAGCAGUCACUCUCCUACGUGCAUGAUUCAGUUUGUGCCAUGUGUCACUACCUUUUAUUGAUAACCACACUCUGACUUGUUCCUUUGCCUUCUACUUCCAACCAGUCUUCUCUGCUAGGGGUUAUCAUUAGUAAUUGGCAAGCUAAACAUUUGGCAGCCUACCUAAGGGUAGGUAGAGCAUGAUUGGCUUCGUCCAUGGAUUCUCUCAGUGGAAACCCACCAUCUUUGUGUGUCUCCCAUUCUCCUUUCAUCAUCCCCAAAUCAAACUCUUCACCCUCUCAACUCAAGUGUUGUUCAGUUUCUCACAUAUCAAUGUGGGCAUGGUACAUGGACUAGGACCUUCAAGACGGAUUGUCAAUUUCUCUAUGCCAGCUGAUGUCCCUCCCACCCCCCACCCUCAUGCCAACACCAACACUUUCUCAGCCCUUAGCCUACCACCGCAGAAUCUAUAACCCAGCAUUAGAGAGACUGCCUUUUGGAAGAGUUGGAAAUAAACCCCCACCAUCAACAUGCUCCAGACCUUUUGCCUUCGGCCUGGUAAGAUGUCUCUCCAGCCACUGAGCCCACCAGUAACAUGAUCGGAUAGGGAGAGAAGAUCUGUCAUGGAAAUGAAGGCCUAUGCUAUGUGGGGUCCAAGACUCCACUGGAAAAUGCUUUUCUUCAAUGGAGAGGUGAAGGAGAAAACAAAAGCAAGAAAAAAAGUUAACUUGUAUUAUGUAUUUUUACAACACUUUUCUUAAAACUAGAGCAAUGGGAAAACUCUGAAAGGGACUGACAUUUUUCUCAACAGGAAACCAUACUUAAUAGUUCUGGCUUUCAUUAAAUUUUGCUCUUUGGUACCUGGGCCUUUUAUUUAACAUCUAUAUUUGUUUUAACUCUCUUGGCGAUGUGUGAAAGGAUUUUUGCUUGAUCAAACACUAAAUAUAUUUUUGGUUCCUGUUUUUCUUUCAAAUAGCCAGUUUUUUUUUUCUUUUUGGUAUUUGCAUAAAAUGAAAAUAU